UCCUACAUAUUGAUUCUGAGUGAGGGUCGCUCGCUCACCUGGUUACCUUCACCUGUUUACCUUCACCUGGUUACCUUCAACUGGUUACCUUCACCUGGUCACCCUCACCAGGUUACCUUCACCUGGUUAUCCUCACCUGGUUAUCUUCAACUGGUUAUCUUCACCUGGCUACCUUCACCUGGUCACGUUUCACUUUCAUAUGGCCAGCAUCCAACUCCUCCUUGGGGUCCUCGCCCUGGUGGUGUCGGUGAGCGGGGAGACCUCCCUACCCUACUGUAAAAUUGACUGCAGCCAUUACAAGACACAUCACCUGACAGCCGACCCUUUAGACCAACAUAGAUUCUAUUUGUGUAAGAGUACAGCAACGUGGUAUGAGGAGUCAAUUGCCUGCGACACCGGUCUUGACUUCGAUGUUGUUACUUGCGACUGCAUGGAUCCUCAUGACCCAAACUAUCAACCUACACCACUUUGUGAGAAAUGCGGCUUUGACUGCACGACCGUAAAGGACGGCAAACGCGCAUCCCCAGCAGCCUGUAAUUUAUAUAUAGAAUGUAGUGGCAGCAAAGACGGAGAAAUGAAAGCAUGUGGCGAUAGCACUCCAUAUUUCGACGGUAACGUUUGUCAGACAAAUGAAAGUAAUUGUUGUACAUGUCAUCCACAUUGCACUGCCAAAGACACAACUAAUAAUAAGUUUAUACCUGAUAAAUUCAACUGUACAAAGUUCUACCUUUGCGUCACUGCUGGAAUGAUACACUCAAUCUGUGAUGAAGGUAAUUUUGAUGUGGAGCAACAAAAGUGUUGGGUAGGCGCCCCCUGUAAUGAAGAGUGUUAUGGCACCGGCUGUGUAGAAACACUGAUAUGUAAACAAACUGGCUUUUUCCCGAAGUGUACAACAAGUUGUAACCCACACUACUUCACAUGCAACGCAUCGCAAAUCGGCAAGGAGGCAGGGAUAUUGACCUGCCAGAACGGUAACGUCCUGGACCCACAGACUAUGACCUGUAUCAACCCGGACGACUGCCCGUUCUAGCUUCAGUAUUGAUCAUGUCUCCCGCCAUAACCAUGUUUGGUCGAUGACACUGAUAUUAAAACACUGCUCACGCCUUACUGAGAAAUUAAUGGACUUCGUCACACAAAAAUGUUCAGCUACUGCUUAUUUUAUUUAUUAGAGAAGUUAACACAGGCUUGUGUGUCUGCCAUGAUCAUGGUGCAUUAUUUUGUGUAUAUGUCUAAGUUAAGUAGGUUUACUGGGGACUGUGAGGUGAGAUAAAAGGUUAUUAAUGGUUUAAAUAUCUUAUUAAUCAUUAUACAGUAUUCUAUCCAUGUAUGAAGAUUUGGUGUUAUGAUGAAUAAAGUCAGUAUAAACAGUUAA